AUGGCUCUAUUUGGUGAAGAAAUGACAAUCUGGUGCAGAAAGCUCAAAUCGUUAAGAUCAAUGUGUCUUAAAAACAGCGCAAUCUGUACAGCCAUAUCAUGUCCACCUCGCAAGCACAACCUUGCUCAAGAAACAUUUGAAAAGCAGGGCGCGAACGUAAAAGAUUGGGUACGUGGAACCUUCACAAUCCCAACAACUGGGUCAGCUCUGUUUCCAAAACAUUUCUUGACAAGUCCAAUAGCACCAACUAGCACAGCCGAGCCCAAGGAAACAGUUGAUUUCGUUGUGUCUAUCCUCUCUGAUGGGACCAAGGUCAAGAGGCGAGUCAAUCUUAGAGAUUCUAACAAAAUGAAACGCAAGUCAAACCGAACAGUCGAUGACAAUCCAGGCCACAAGAGAAAACCUAAACAUCAACCCAAAAGCAAUGUAUCUACCAGCAAAAGGAGCAAAGGCAAACAUCGAGGACAAGCGGUGAACAACUGA